AACUUUGUUGGUGAUUGUUUUAUGUAUGGUCGAUAACUUAGACAAUCCAUUAGUGACCACUGGGUUGAAGCAAUUAGCCAUUUUUGGUACGGUUAAAAACUGUUGGCAUCAUCACUGCUUGUAAAAGACUGAGUAGACUUGGUGAAACAUCUGCUAUAGUAUAAUAAGUCUAUACUCGAUAAUUUUAACCUUGAUAUUCAUAUUUAAGAUUUUUGUAUAACAUACACCAAAAACUGUUGGCAUCAUCAGUGCUUGUAAAAGACUGGCAUACAGUAUAAUAUAUCUAUAGCUUUUUAUCACAUACGAAAUACCAAAUACGAGCUAAUUAGUUUUCAAAGGCAGAAUACAAUGUAUUGUUAAAACAUAAGGUAUCCAGCCUAUUCUAUUCUCUUGAUUGGUAUUUAAAUAUCAAAUUACCAACCAUCAACAAAGCCAAUACUUAAAUGCCCUUAUUACAACAAGGGCAGUACAAAAGCAGGGGUAAAUUUUACUAGGGCGCAAAAUACAGGUUUUUGUUGUAGUUUUUUAAUUUUCGAGGCAUUUUUACAGAAUAGAAAAACACAUUUUCAGUAUUUUAGCCCUAAAUUAAGGGACUCUUAAAACUUUGCCACAAAGCUUUUCUAAAGUAAGAUGCAGCUUUUUGGAGCUGCCGUACUUAGUCAAGCUGUCAGAGUAUUUAUGAAGUUGCAUUCAUUUAUUUAAUUAUAUUGUAUUUCAUAAAAUUUUUAGCGAAAAUUAUUUACAGUUUGCCUAACCACUAUUUUUUAAAAGCUUAUUUGGGAAAAUGUAACAGGUUUUUAAACAAAGAAAUUACUCUAAAUUAUUGGUCACAGAUGAGCGAUUUAUCGAACCAGCGUGCGAUCAAGUGGAAAGGAACUCCACGACCUUUGACCCCUGGUUAUGAGUCAGCAAAUUUCUCCACGGAUUCGGAAUCAAACUCUGUCGGAAAACAAGAGCCAUGGGGUCCAGUACCAAGCGCGCCACGGCACCGAGCCGCGACUGUGUGUGGGUGGGUUACGGUACCACGGAGCGUGGUCAUGGCAACCACCCUUGAUAAGAAGCAUGUCGACCAAUUAGAACACGGGGGAUUGACGACUGUUUGUGAUGUCAUCAAUGAGAGGAGAAAGAGAAUGGAAGAGAUAAAGAAGAGAAAUAAAAAUAGGGUUACGAGCAAAACAAAAACUCCGCCAAGAAAACAGCUUGAAAAACAACAACCACAAACCGACUAUUAUCAGAAACUACUGGAAGAAAACCUCACUAAAGUUAAAGAAUUAGCGAAAGACAUCGGGAAACAAGUUCCUGAAAGAUAUUCAAUUGUGGAGCCUUCCGAAUGCGACGAUGAUUACGUAGAAGCAUCAACUGACAGAAAAUCUUUAAGUGAUUUAAGCAACUUGGAAAAGUCCAUGGACCAGUGGAAACAUUCGUUUAUAAGAAGAAGUAUUGAAUCAUCCAGCUGUACAGGGGAUCUUUCUCCUCGAAAACACGAUCGUCCAUUCACUGCUGAUUCCACACUUCGUUCACAAAGCGACAAAGCGUCUGAAGGAACUCUCUUGCGCCCACCGCCAUUUGAGAACCCUACCAAUAAUGCUCGGAAAACCACGUGUCAAAAGCUGAAAUAUGAAUGGCAGAAAUCUCGUGAAAUUCGUGAGCGCCUUCCGGGAUAUCCUCCACGAAUCGUGAGAAACCGACCCCACGAUGAUCAUAUGAAACAUCCAUGUAACCGGAAGAUUAUGACGCCACAAACAACGUGGUUUCCGCUUUCAUUCAGCGAAAACAAGCGAGGGAAACUUGUAGAGGUCUCGAGUGAUGUGUAUGGUUUCAACAGUGUUGCCGAGUAUAAAGAACUUUGUGCAACACUGCAGGACGGGAUGGCAUUUAUUGAACAACCGAUAAAUAUUGGCAGCACUGUAGAGUUUAAAGUUCUUUCAACUGACCGACGAAAAGACUUAAUGUACAUGGCGGCUUACCUUGGCCAAGACAACAACGACGAUGAAAAUGGAAACACCGCAGUUCCUGUAAACCGACUUAGCCCAGCGGCGACGUCUAACGGAUGGACAUUUUCGGAUGAGAUCACCGGUUUAAGAAGUGGGGUUGGUGUUAAAGUGACCCUGGACGCUCUGGGAAGAGUAAAAGUACUGAUUGAGGGAAAACCACCGAAGGUGAUACUUCAGUUGUUGCAACCACAAUCUUGUUAUUUGGCUUUCUUCUUGGGAGUUGGGGUUACCAAAGUUCAAUUACUCGGCGGCCACCGCCAGCAGAUGUCGCUACUAAGACCAACCAACGCUUACGAAAUCGUCCCCGGUAUAAAAUCUGACCCCAACUUACCGUCACCGUUUUUCACAUACCGACCACCGAAUGACAAAUGCUCUUUGUGCUCGAACUGUGACGUCACAAAAGAGCCUCUGACGUCACCAUACGUAUGCGACCACGUGACAUUAUGCGUUUCCUGUCGCAAUCGUGUAGAAUGUGUUUUAUGUAGCGCACCGUUGUGUUGGUUCUCGUGCCCAGUUUGCGACACACGAAUUCAACCUUACUAAGAAUUAAUAAAAAAUAUUUUUUUUUUAAAUAAUUUUUUAAUAUUGUUUUUUUUUUUAUAAAGCGAUUUAAGGUACUGUGAGGUAAAAUGGGACACCAUUAGCACAUAACAUCCAAAUGUCCUAAUCGUGUUUUAAACAAUUAACAGCAGUCUAUGGAAGUCGCGAGAUACGAUUUUAUAUUUCUUUGAAUGUUCUUUGUUUACUACUAAAAGGGAAAAAAUAGUAUAAAAAGAUGUCCCAUCUUCCCCCACACUACUGUAAGAAAAUAUUUUUUCACCACUACACUUUUAGACACUUUACUUUCUAAAUACACUUUUUUAAUAUAAAUUCAGUUUUAAAACAAUAUUUUGUUAAAGCUAUUUUUUUAUAAUUUAGGGCGUUAAGUAUCAGCUUUAUUACGAUUUACAAUUUAAAAGAAAGAAUAAAAAAAAAACUGUUAA